AUAAUGUUCACAAUGGAUGGAAUGAAAUUCAUAUCAUUAUUCAUUCUAAUUUUCAUAUUCAAUCAGAUUCCAAUGAUUAGUUCAGGAUGUGUUUUUCGUGGCCAAUGUGAUGAAUUCAUAAAUGAAUAUGGGCUUCUUCUUCCUGUUCCUUGUGUAGAUAAUGGUCCACCUCGACCAAUGAACAUAUCAUCCGAAUCAUAUCAGCAUCUACAAACUAUGUUACCUGAAUUGAACGAAAAUAAUCUAUACUGUUGUGUAGAGAAUCAAAUAGAAAAACUUAUGAAACAAUUAAAAAUACCACGUACAUUACUAUCACGAUGUCCAUCGUGUUAUUAUAAUUUUGCCCGUGUAUUUUUCAUGAUGACUUGUUCACCAAAACAAAGCGAUUUUAUUGAUUUAAUCGAUCAUAAUACUACGACUAAUGGAGUAAAAUCAAUAAAAUAUAAAAUAUGGCAAACACUAACAGAAUCAAUAUAUAAAUCAUGUGAAGAUGUACCAAUGCCAGCCGGUGGUGUAAAAGUUUUGCCACAAAUGAUGUGCAAUCUUCAAUCGCCAAACGAUACAUGUACGCCAGAAAAAUUUUUCAAUUAUAUUGGCAAAAAAGGUGUUGCACCGUUCGCAAUAGAUUUUCAAUUUAAUGAGGAAUUGCCAACUGGUUCGCUUGCCAAACAUUAUCGUUGUGAUGAAGCGCCCAUUCCUUUCGAUAAUCGGAAAUGUUCCUGUGCUGAUUGUGAUGCAUCAUGUCCGAAACCAAAACCAAUACCAGGCGAAAAGCAAGAGUGGCUUUUGUUUGGUGUGAACGGUAUCGCCGUUAUAAUGGCCAUUAUAUAUGGCAUUUUGUUUGUCGCAUCUACCGCCUCGUUUGUUUUAUAUAACAGAUAUUUUAAGGAUAAAAAUGAUGUCGAGACAGUGUCUAUCAAAAGAAAAUCUGAAGAUCAACAAGUAUUGUCUAGAUCGAUAAAUCAAUCACUUUUUCAUGAAAAAUUAUGUAACGCCUUUGGAAAUUAUGGCCGAAUUUGUGCUCAAAAACCGUACAAUUUUAUAUUACCAAUUAUUGGUUUGGUCAUUGGAAUUAUUUUGGCCACUGGUCUAACAAAAUUUGUUGCGAUAACCAACCCUAUUGAAUUGUGGUCUACUCAAUCAAGUCGUGCUAGAAUAGAGAAAAAAUUUUUUGAUGAAAAUUUUGAUCCAUUUUUUCGUGUGGAAAACAUUGUACUUACACCCAGAAAUCUGAAAACAUUUCAAAAAAAUGACAUUGAAUUUGGACCAGUUUAUAAUCAAACAUUUUUACUUCGAUUUUUUGACCUACAACAACAGAUUAUGAAUAUAACAAUUGAAGAUGACAAUGGAAUCGAAUUACGAGUCGAAGAUAUUUGCUAUUCACCAAUGGAAAAUAAUGUCUGUAUGGUACAAUCGGCAUUAGGAUGGUUUCAAAAUCAACGUCAAGAGCUGGAAAAUGAAGCAACUUAUCUUGAAAAGUUAAAAAAAUGUGUAUCGAAUCCAUUAUAUUUAAGUUCUGAUAUUUCCUGUCUAGCUCCUUAUGGUGGUCCAAUAUUUCCACACAUUGCAUUAGCUGAUUAUGAUGGUCAUGAUUAUUAUAAGGCGAAAGCUUUAGUUUUCACAUUGACUCUUAACAAUGCAAUUGAUGAUAAGAAUAAUGUAAAUGCUUUAAAAUGGGAAAAAAAAUUUUUGGAAUUAUUAUCUAAAUUCGAUGAUCCAAUCAUUGAUAUUGCUUACUAUUCUGAGCGAUCAAUCGAAGACGAAUUAGAUAGACUAAGCAAUUCGAACAAAUUUACCGUUGCCAUCAGCUAUAUUGUCAUGUUUUUGUACAUAACCAUUUCAUUGGGUGAUUUUAGAAACAUUCAUCGAUUAUUGAUUGAUUCGAAAAUUGUUCUUGGAUUAGUUGGCGUAUUAAUCGUAUUAUUAUCGGUUGUAUCAUCGAUCGGUCUACUAUGUUAUUGUGGUGUACAUUCCACAUUAAUCAUAAUAGAAGUAAUACCAUUCUUAGUGUUAGCUGUUGGUGUGGAUAAUAUUUUCUUAUUGGUUCGCCAUUCAGAGCGAAAUCCAUAUGAACAUUCAAGACAAAAUAAUUUAAGCUAUCAAGAACAAUUAGAACAUCGAAUGCAACGUUUAAUGUAUAGUGUCGCUCCAUCCAUUCUAUUGGCUGCAGUUGCUGAAUCUUCGUGUUUCUUUCUUGGCUCUCUAAUACCUAUGCCAGCCGUACGAAUAUUUGCUAUAAAUGCUGGCUUAGCAUUAACCAUUGCAUUUAUUUUUCAAAUGUUAAUUUUUGUUCCUAUAUUGGCAUGGGAUAUUCGUCGACAUGAUGACAAUCGUUGGGAGAUUUUAUACUGUAGGCAGGGAAAAAAAUCACGUCGAGAAUCGAAUUCAGACGGUGAACAUAAUAAUGAUCAUCAUAAAAAUGAUGGUUUACUUUAUUCGAUUUUUAGCAAAAUUUAUGCUCCAUUCCUGAUGAAAAGUUCAGUUCGUUUGGCUGUUAUGCUUAUAUUUUUUGCCUGGCUAUCAGUUUCCAUAUCUGUUAUACAUAAAGUCGACGUUGGUCUCGAACAGAGAUAUUCAAUGCCAUCCGAUUCUUACGUUCUGAAAUUUUUCGAUGCUCAAAUCCACAAACUCAAAGUCGGCCCACCGGUUUAUUUUGUCAUCAAAAGUGAUUCCGGUUUUAAUUAUUCAGCAAAUCAGAAUCUAAUUUGUGGGGGAAGUGGCUGUUCCGAUCAUUCGAUUGUUAACAUAUUGGCACAAGCAGCUAAUAAAUCUGAUCUUAGUUAUUUAGUACCGGGUGCUUCUAAUAGUUGGAUCGAUGAUUACCUACUUUGGGCAAAUUCCGACCAAUGUUGUCGAAUCUUUCCAAAUGGAACGUUUUGUUCAUCGACCGUCAAAUCGGAAGAUUGUCAACCGUGCAAUAUUGUUUGCAGUGAAGAUUCCGAUGAUUAUGAGCCUGAUGAUUGGUGCCAUAAUUAUAAUAAUCGUCUACGUAUUCGACCAAAGAAUUUCUAUCAUCCGUAUUUGGAUUUUUUCGUUAACGAUAUACCGAAUCCAAUUUGUGCUAAAGGUGGACGGCCUAGCUAUUUACAUGCAAUGAAGCGAACAAAAGGCGAAACAAUUGAAUCAUCAUAUUUCAUGACCUAUCACAUUCCAUUACAACAUUCAAAAGAUUUUACUCGUGCUUUGCAGAAUGCACGUAUUAUAUCCGAAAGUAUUACUGAUGCGCUUAGAGAAUUGAUCAUGCAAACAAACAGUGAAGAAACGGAUGUCGAAGUAUUUCCUUAUAGUUUUUUCUAUGUUUAUUAUGAACAAUAUCUAACCAUUUGGUCGGAAUCAUUGAAAAAUAUUGUUUUCGCUUUGUUGGCCAUAUUUAUUGUUACAUUCCUAUUCUUAUCAUUUGAUUUGAUCACAUCAUUGACCAUUGUUGGUACUAUUUUAAGUAUCAUAUUAAAUAUGUUUGGUUUGAUGUAUUUUUGGCGAAUUUCACUCAAUGCUGUAGCAUUAGUUAAUCUUGUCAUGAGUAUUGGGAUAUCCGUGGAAUUCUGUGCACAUAUUGCCCGUGCUACAGCAUUAUCGAAUGAACCGACAAGCGUAUUACGCGCACAAAAUGGUCUUGCCGAAAUGGGUAGUUCAGUUAUGUCUGGUAUUACGAUGACAAAAUUCUUCGGCAUCAUCAUUUUGGCAUUUUCACCAUCAGAUAUUUUUCAAAUAUUCUAUUUCCGUAUGUAUUUGGGUAUCGUCAUUAUUGGUGCAUUACAUGGAUUAAUAUUGUUACCGGUUUUGCUCAGUUUUUGGGGCGGUUAUGGUCGAUCAAUGAAUUGUUUGAAAUAAUUCAUUGCAAAUAUCUUUUAUCUGUAAAUUUAUCAUCAUUAUUACCUCUCUGAUAAUUAUAUGUUAAAU